AAAGAAUCAUGGCGACCAAGGAAGAUGGCAGUGCUGCUGGAGCAGGACCAGUCGGGCUGGUGGCGCCCAGCAAGGAAAGUUUGAAUGAAUCACUCGGAAAGCUGAGCUCUGGCGACGAUGCAAUCCGCACAGCAGUUGACUCUUUCGCUCUUGAAGUUGGGGAGGCUGUCGACGAUGAGACGGCAGUGCGCUUCCUGCGCGCAAGGGGGUACAAAACAGACUAGGAAUGCAACGUGCUCGUGGUGUGCAAUGCCAUGAUGAUGGGUGCUGGUGUCUGUCUGUGCAGAUGGGACGUGAGCAAGGCAGCGACGAUGUACAGAAAGCACCUGACGUUUCGGAAAGAGAGGAUGGAUGAGCACAAGAUGGUGUGUGAGCCGUGUGUGGCAGAUCCAAAGGUGGGUGAGAACUCUUAUCAUCCCAGCUGGCUGACAGCGACACUGAGGACUUCCGCUGAUGCCCCGCUAUGCUGAUGCCCCGCUGUGUCUGUUGUGCUAUUGCCGUAUGUUAUGUGUGUGUGUGUGUGCUGCCUGCAGUCGCACUGCUUCCUUAUCAUCGGUGGAUGUCGAAAGAACCGGCCUGUAUUGUAUGGGAACUCUCCUCGGUAGGCAUAGGCAUCACGCGACCAACUGACUGACUCACUGGGUGCGCUGAUUGUGUGUGUGUUGCCCUCCCUCGUGCAUAUCUGUCAGUGCUGCGAUGACGGACGCGCCAUCGCAGCUGCAUCACGUCAUCUGCACCCUGGACCGGGCAUUCACGGUGCCCGACACAGCGCCGCAGUGGGUGUGGUGUGUGGACUUCAACGGCUUCGGGCUGUCGCAUGCCGUGAACGUCCAGCUGGCAAAGGUGAGUGAGGAGGGGAGGGAGUAAAAGCACGGGAUGGUCAUCGAGGCCAAUCAAUCAAUGCAUGUACUGUAUUGGAUUCAGGAUUGCGUAAGCACAUUCAGCAACCAUUUCCCAGAGCGGCUUGGGCUGCUUGUCCUGCUCGACCCGCCGACUGUUUUCCAGGCGUUGUGGUCCGUCGUGUCGCCUUUACUGGACCGCAACACGGCAGCCAAGGUGCGGUUCGUCAGGGCCAAGGAGACGGAUGGCUUUCUGGAUGAGCUGCUGCCAAGGUGAGCUAGCCGACACUCGCGUCUUGUCCGAGCGUCCAGCAACAUCCGUGUGUUUGCUCAUGCAGUGCUGAGAAGGAGUGGCUGCAAGCUGUCCGUGUGAUGCGGCCUGUCCCUGGGAACCUCCCGCCGCUUCCUCUCUCGGCAAAGCCAUUCGCUAUGACGCCUAGUGCCGAUAAUGCGGGAGAGCCGGCUGGGGGAGAGGAGUUGAGGAGAGGAGGGUGACGGUGCGUGGAUGGAUGGAUGGAUGGAUGCUGCAAAGAAGGCACGGACACCUUCUUGAAGGCACGGACACCUUCUUUGUUGAUACGUACAGGGGUGCGCCGUGUUUCGGGAGAGAGAGAUGAAUGGAUGGCCAUUUUGUUUGUCGCUCUUCUGCACUCACUUGCAAGACUCUUUCUUGUUUUGCUUGCAAUGCAUGGCGGGGACGAUACGCACUGACUGAGUCAUCAAUCAUUAUGUCGCUGGUAUGACCUCCCUGCUCAUCUGGUACAGCCGCCCUCAUACGCCAAGGAUGGUCAGCAUUCACGCGACUGCCCAAUGUUCACAAGCUGUGUGCGGCGUCCCCGCGCCCCUGUGUGUGUUUGUGCAGGCUGCGAACAGCGCCAUAGAAGACGCGGUGCUGCUAUUCGAGACACUCGAACGCUACGGAUUUUGCAGUGACGAUAGGCCGGUGUGCGCCUGCCAUGGCACACGUGCCGGCCAAUGUGCGAUCUGCGUGGACCUCGGAUGGCCGAAAUAAGGCGGAUGGGCAGGAAAGAGCUCAAUAAGAAAUACGUCAGUGGGCCGGUGAAGGAGACGCAUGGUCGGUGCAGGUGAGUAGUUUGGUGCGUGGGAUGAUGUUGCGUUGUGCGUCGGAUGAGAUGCCGUUCACGGGGAAUGCUCACCUGUAUGGUGGCGUGAGACGCAGACUCGCCACGACGGCUAAAGAUGACUCGUGUGUCGGUUGUGUAUGGGGCGUCGUCAAUGAGCU